UUUUUUUUGGUAGAUUCUUCUUUUCACUAUUUCUUUUGCAAUAAAAUGCUUUGCCAAAUACCAUGAAAAUAGUAUUUUUGAGGGCUUUUGAUUUCAACUUUGUCCAGAGUUGGUUGUUUAUAUUCUGUCCAUCUUUUUCUCUGAAAAUGCACAAUCUCUCUCCCCCUCCUCCUCCUCCUCCUCCUUUAUCUUCUUUGUGUUCUUCUUCCAUGUGAAAGGGGGUUGUUUCUGGGUUUGAAAUGGCUGGUAAGGAAAAUCUCUCCUUAAAUAGUAAUAUAGUUGUUUCUGAAUCAGGUUCAAGAUUCGAAUUUGAAUAUGAAUGUCUAUCUUUAGUGUUCUCUAUCAUGUUCUAUGGGUUUCGGUCUUUGUUCUUCAAUUUUACAAAAUAAUUUGUGGUUAAAACAGGCUUUGGGGAAUAUGACUUUAGUCAUAAAAUAUAGCCAAGAUUUAGUACUGUUUUUGACUUGUGGAUUUGUCAAUUAAGAGGGCAGGUGUUUACCGAAAAAUAUUACUAGAAAAGGUAAUAUAGUAAGUAGGAAGAUUUAGAUUCUGUCAUCUUUUCCUGGAGUUCUCAACAAUUAAUGAAUUUUCAGAAUUUCUUUUGUUUAUUCUUCUUUUCUGCCCUAGUUUCUAGUUAUAUGGCUUGAUGGAUUUCCACAAAAAGUUGUUUAAACUUGGAUGUUUUACUCAUAUUUCUUUCUUUUAUCAUGCAGAGGCUAAAUAUUAUGGUUUGGAUUUCUCUGAAUUGACAAAGAUCAUCUCCAGUAGAAUUCAAAAGCUCGAGCCAGACAAUGCUGUUAAGAUCAUGGGAUGCAUCCUCCUGAAGGAACCUGGGGAGCAAGAAAUGGUGCAGUUAGCAAUUGUCCAUGAGAACAUAUUGCUAUCCAAAAUAAAUGAUGCCAGGGCCAUGCUCAGAAUGCUAUUCCCCAAGAACUCUGCCUCGGCUCAAAUCCAAUCCAUACAAACCAUUUCCCACCAGCUCGGUUCGUACCCUCCUUCUGGGACAUGCCCCAUCUCUUCCCCUCCCAGCUUUCAUGUUCCUGCUCCCUGUUGGGAUCCUCAGCUUGCUUCCGAUCAGCAAUCUCCAAUGCACAGCUUAAAUUUUGGCCUGCAACCAUAUAUGGAUUCAGUCGGGGAUUUGCACUCUCUUCGUAACGAACCUCAGUUCUUGGGCAUGGAUGAGCAAUUGGAUACUGUGAACCCCAUGGGCAAUUACUACUACAAAGAUGCUGCCUUGGGUGGUGGGAUAACUGGUAGGACCAGCAGGAGAUCACAGAGCCUCUCGGAGUUACCUAUCAAGGCUUGCCAUUACUACAUCAAGGGGUUCUGCAAGCAUGGGGUGAACUGCAGGAACACUCACAGCCUGUCCUACCCGGAUGGAUGUACGCAGUUAUUUGGCCCCGGCAUGAAUGAAUUGCCAAAUGAAGAUGAUGGAUUCACACCUGGGUCACCUGAGAGGCUUGAAAUGGAGAUCAUAGAGCUCUUGAGGUCAAAGAGAGGGAGUCCUGUUUCUAUUGCCUCAUUGCCUAUGCUGUAUUAUGAGAAAUAUGGAAGAAAUCUUCAGGCUGAGGGGUACCUCACUGAGAGCCAGCGGCAUGGGAAGGCUGGUUUCAGCUUGACAAAGUUGCUUGCCUGCUUGAAGAACAGCAUCCGGUUCAUAGACAGACCACAUGGGCAACAUUCGGUAGUACUAGCAGAAGAUGCCCACAGAUAUAUGGAAUGCAGGAAUGAGAGAAGUGAUCUAGGUGCAACAGUUGCAAGUUCUCAUCAGAUAUAUCUUACAUUCCCAGCAGAGAGCACAUUCACUGAGGAAGAUGUUGCCAACUAUUUUAGAAUUUAUGGCCCAGUUCAUGAUGUGAGGAUUCCAAGCCAAGAAAAGCGAAUGUUUGGGUUUGUCAGCUUCCAUUAUGCACAGACUGUUAAUGAUAUUUUGAUGAAGCGGAAUCCCCAUUUUAUCUGUAAUUCUCGUGUCCUGGUAAAGCCAUAUAAGGAAAAAUCGAGGAUUAUUGAUAGAACCUAUAUGGAGAAAAUAAAACCUGCAAUGUAUUAUUCUUCUCAAUAUCUUGAAAUGGAUCCUAAGCUUCAUGCAGUUCCAAGAGAAUCUGAUAGCCCCAGGAUGCUUAAAAGCAAGUUAAUUGAGCAGGAAAUGAUAUUUGAACUUGAGAGAAAGCGUCUCUCUGAGUUGAACUUAGCAUCUAAGCCACUAUCUUAGCAACCAUAUUUCUGUUAUGACAUGGAAGGAUUUAAAGUUACAGAAGAUCCCUAUGAGUUCCCAUUGAUAGAUCAUUUUAGCUAUACCCUUGCUGCUCUUAAUAAUGUUUCGACAAGUGAUGACAAAGCUAGGCAAAGAAACGACAGUUACAGUGACCCGGAGAGUGGCCAAAUUGAGCUCCCAGAGAGUCCUUUUGCAUCUCCACCAGCAGGAAGCAGCAUUUCUGCAGUCAUAUAGAUAUCCAGAGAAGAAAAUAGAAGAAUAUAGAGAGAUUGCUCCAUUUCAUACUUCAGUUCAACACAUCAGUUUUCAAACCCUAAUCUCCCCAGAUCAGCGAGAUGUUAAUGAACUUUAUACCGAUAACCAAAAGAUCAGUUGCUUCUCCAUUUUAAUUUCAUGGGAGAAGGUUACAAAAGUGAUACAAGUACAUCGAAAGGGAAAAGGUGUACACUUAUUGUAGAUACUGGAGCAUGACUCCAUUGAUGGUCGUAGAAGAGAAAGGUGAUGUAUGACAGAUGCAAUUGCUAAUUGCAUUUUUGAAUUCAAGGUGUUCGGUUCAUUGUUCAGAGGCAGUUCUAGUUGACACUUUGAGCAGAAGGUGAUGUAUGACAGAUGCAAUUGCUAAUUGCAGCGGGUAUCUUAAGGAAGUUUGCAAAAAAUCAACAUAUUGAAAUAGAUCAUAUAGUAUCGGUGAUGUUUUUAGUGGCAACGGGUUUUUAUUUGAUACUAGUUUAAUCAUGGCUUAUAACAAAACAAAGGACCCAUUAUUGUGAAUAUAUUUCUUUUUAGUUA